AGUCAGUCAACUUACAGCCGCUCCAGCGAACGGACGCAUCGAAAAUCGAGCGAAAGAAAUCUAGAAAAACCCGAAAUCGAGCCCAUGACUUAUAUAUAGAGCCGUACGAAUUGUUUACGUGUCGUGACGCGAGUGCCAGCCGUAGUGUGCGUGUGCCAGACCCAAACAAAAGUUUCAAAAAUCAAAUAAAAUCACCAUGAUUAGCACCACGGAUUAUCCAUCGGUGGAGACCACCACCACAGCCUCCGGCGAGGAGCUGUAUGCGAAAUACAUUUCCGCACCGGCCAGCAGCAUGAGUCCCGCCGCGAUUGCCGAGCACCUGCAGCAGAACCAGAUCACCUUCGAGAUACCCAGUGCCCACGAUCUGCGGCACAUCGAUGCCCUGAACUCCUUCAACGCCCUGCUCCAGCGGAUUGGCAAUGCAGCGGUGACCUAUGACCCCGCUCCGCCCAGCGGAUGGUCCCCGGAUGGCAGCAUCAGCACCGAGCAGCUGUCCAAGUCGGUGGUCCUGGACCUGGCCGACCUCAGGGAUCGAUCCGAGGAGGCCGGCGAGUCCUCCUGGUGGGGCCAGAUCUUCGGCGAUGCGGACAUGCAUGUGAUCAUCAACUAUCUGUGGAUCGGAGUGGUCAGCUCGCUGGUCGUCCUGUCGCUGGUCUUCAUCCUGUUCAGCUGCUACUUCUACAGGAAGUUCCGCACUUGGAAAAAAUGCAAUAAGGACAUACGUGCCCAGAUCCAUGCGGCCAGCGACUCGUACUCCUCGCACCUGGUGGGCUGCGAUGCCAGCAGACUGCUGCUGCACCAGCAGCUGCAAGGACAGCAUCCGCAUCCGCAUCAGCAUCAUCGGAACAACGAGGCGGGAUUCUACCAAAUCGAAUCGCCGCCCUGCUACACAAUCGCCACCGGACUGCCCAGCUACGAUGAGGCACUGCAUCACCAGCCCCGGCACUUUGCCUACGGCAUGAAGUUCGUGUAUCCCAGUCUGGCGGCCGUGCAUCAUCAUCAUCAUCACCAGGCCGCCUGCAUUUCCAAUUGGGAGAAGGAGGAGCAGUCACUGAAUAAGCUGCAAAAGUGCAAGCUGUCAGCGGCAGUGGCAGUGUCAGUGGAGGAGGAAAAAGCCCAGUGCUCCUCCUCGUCCUCGUCCUCCACAUCGCAAUCCUGCAACUUGGCCGCAGCAACGCCUGCCAUCUGCAUUAACAUGCCGAAUGGGAGGCAGCAGGAGCAGGAGCAGGAGCAGCGGGAGGAGGAGGAUUCCGCAAUGGCAGUGGCAGUGGCACAAAGUUUACAGCCGGCGGCGGCUGCCGACGAUGAUUGCGCCUCAUUGGUCGUCGUUGUUGCCGCGUGAUUGCCCAGCCAGGAGUCAGGGGUCAUGGGUUAAGGGGUUAAGGAUUAGGGGCUGGGGCCGGGAGUAGCAGCCCAAUUGCUUAGUCACUUGUAAAUAGUUGCAUCGUCUGCUAAUGUUGUUUGCCCCUGUAAUAACAUAUAUCUCUCAACCCCCCACACCGCCCCUUAAGCAAAUUUAGUUUCGUUUUUAGUUAUCUGUUAUAUUAUUGUAUUAUGCAAGACUGAGUAUUAUUUAUUGUACUAUGUAUAAAACCGAAUUGUCUAUCGAUUAAGCCUUAAUAUCUAAGUGAGAGUGGAAGAAAAAUAUAAAACUCGAAUGAACACAUUGCAAACUAAA